AACAUGUGCUUCAAAAUGGGGAAGGGAAUCUGAUGCUUUUCAUUAAAAUAGAACGGCCAAUUGAAAUUCUCAAAAUAUUCGAGUCUCUCAAGCUGUAAAUCACAGAGACUCGAGUAUCCUCUGCUUCUCACAGACUUUCUUCGCCGUGGCCAUGGACGGACAAAUCUCAGAAUCAACGAUGGAAGAGAAAACAAAAUGCCAGUCUCUAUCUCCUUACAACGUCAGGGACCUCGUUGAUUCCGUCGAUGCUUUUCUCUUCGACUGUGAUGGUGUGAUUUGGAAGGGGGAUUCACUGAUUGAUGGUGUUCCUGAGACUCUGGAAACACUUCGAUCCAUGGGGAAGAAGCUGGUGUUUGUGACAAAUAAUUCGAGGAAAUCAAGAAGUCAGUAUGCAAAGAAGUUCAAUUCCCUUGGAAUUUCUGUAACUAUGGAUGAGAUAUUCACCUCCUCAUUUGCUGCCGCCAUGUACUUGAAAGUGAAUGACUUUCCUAAAGAUAAAAAGGUUUAUGUAAUUGGCGAAGAAGGUAUAUUGGAAGAACUGGAACUUGCUGGAUUUACUGGCCUUGGUGGCCCUGAAGACGGGAAAAAGACUGUUCUCCUGAGAUCAAACUCUCUUUUCGAACAUGAUAAGAGUGUUGGAGCUGUUGUGGUUGGACUAGACCAGUAUAUAAACUUUUACAAGCUCCAGUAUGGAACUCUUUGCAUACGUGAGAAUCCAGGAUGUCUCUUUAUUGCCACUAACCGUGAUGCAGUUGGACAUCUAACUAAUCUGCAAGAAUGGCCUGGUGCUGGAUGUAUGGUUGCUGCCAUGUGUGGGUCGACUCAGAAAGAGCCUAUUGUAGUUGGAAAACCAUCAAUCUUUAUGAUGGACUUUUUACUAAAAAAAUUCAAUAUCCCUACUUCCAGAAUGUGUAUGGUAGGGGAUAGACUGGACACGGAUAUUUUAUUUGGACUGAAUGCUGGAUGCAGAACUCUUCUCGUUCUUUCAGGUGUGACUAGUAUAUCAACUCUUGAAGACAUAUCAAACCAUAUUCAACCAGAGUAUUAUUCGAGCAAGGUGUCUGACAUUCCUAAGUUUUUAUCAGCUGCUACGCUAUAAAAUAUUUUUAUGAUCAAAAGAUGAAGUGGCCAAUUAUUUUCGACAUCCCAACAUCAACUAUUGUAUUACAUUUCCAAAAGGUUUCAUUCCCUAUAUUUUUGUAUAUGAAGUGAAAAUGAGACAGUACGUUACCCAAUUGGUAAAUAAGUUAUUUAUAUGAUAAGGAUCAUUAUUUAAUAUUAUGGACAUGA